AAGAAGAAGAGGAAGAAGAAGGAGGUGGAGGAGGAGCAGGAGGCGGAGGCGGAGGCGGAGGUGGAGGAGGAGGUGAAGGAAAACCGAUAAAACGAGUGGUGUACACCGGUGGUGAGACGAGAGCGAGGCCGCGAUCCAGGUCGCGGGUGAGUCCCGCGAACGAGAUCGCAGGAGAAAAAGGACAACUACGACGACUACGACUACGACUACGACGACGACGACGUCGACGACGACGACAACGACGACGACGACGACGACGACGACAACGACGACGACGACGACGACGACAAGGAACAAAAGAAAAGGAGGGAGAAAGGGGGAGCAAUAGGAAAGAGAAACGGGAACGAAAGGAUAAAGAGAUAAAGGAGGAAGUGGUGAUGAUAAGGUCGACGUCGAUUUUCGACCGGUGGUGCCGUAGGACGUACGAGUCGAGCGUCACGGCGGAAAGGGCGGCAAGGAAGGCCGUCGACGAGGUAAAGAGAGCCGCGAAGGUGGAGCUCCAGAGCAAGAGGCGUUCCUAUUAUCGGUGGUGUCGUCGAUCGGUCGUCGAGCGACGAGGUGGUUUGGGAAAUAAUGCGCGUUAGAGACGUGACGGCGAGAAAAAGGACGUGGACGACGCCGACGCUGAGGACGAUCAAGACGAACGAAAAGUGUGCAAUCCAGACGACUGCGGCGAGGACGACGACGACGACGACGACGACGACGACGGCGACGACGGCGGCGACGACGACGACAACGACGACGACGACGACGACGGCUAGGACGGCUACGGCUACGACAACGGCGAUACGAAGACGAAGGAGACGCACGACGAUCGCGAACGUCGACGACGACGAAGUCGCGAGAAGAGAGCAACAGCAGCCGAACAAUCAGCCGCGACGGCAUUUGAUCCAACGCAAUUAUGUACGCGUACGGUUUCGAGAUCACGUAGUACUCGGCGUGUAAUUAUGUUGUUGUUGUUGUCGUCGUCGUCUUUGCACGGCGCGCCCUGUGUAGCUUCACGGUGAAAAUCUGGCGUGAGAGUUGCCGCGGUGGAACGGGGAACAUGGCGUCGGUCUCGGCCGAAACUCGAGCCAUCCAUGGGCACAGUUUCAGUAAGAAGACGUUUCACAAGCCGACGUACUGCCACAACUGCACGGACAUGCUCUGGGGCCUCAUUCAGCAGGGGUACAUCUGCGAAGUUUGCAACUUCGUGGUGCACGACCGCUGUCUCAAGGCCGUCGUGUCUCCCUGCUCCAGCAUCGCGGCAAGCCUGAUUAAGAACCCGGUCGCACACUGUUGGUCCGAACAGGUACAUCGGAAAAGAAAAUUCUGCAACGUCUGUCGGAAACGAUUGGAUGAUAAUCUAUCCAUACAUUGCCAAAUAUGCGAAUAUUUUGUGCACACGGAAUGUCAGGACUUUGCUGUGGCAGACUGUAAAGAAAAUGCAACUUAUUUGCCUGGAAAGGAUUUGGCUGCUGUAAAACAUACGCAUCAUUGGCGAGAAGGAAAUCUUCCGAGCAAUUCCAAAUGUGCCGUAUGCAAGAAAAGUUGCUUCUCUGCCGAGUGCCUUUCUGGGUUUCGUUGUGAAUGGUGCGGCGUAACGUCUCACGCAUUCUGCUACAAAAGCAUUCCCUCCGAAUGUACGUUUGGAAAUUUGGAAUCAAUUUAUCUACCGCCUCAUGCCGUCAGUAUUCCACGUACCGAGGUACCAAUGGAAGCUAUUAUCGGAGUAGAAGUGCGUCGUAAAGAAGUCCUGGCGCGUGAGUAUUCCUGCCAUAACAUCGGAGAGCAAUUCGAUUUCGCUGAGAGUGAACAAAUUGGGGCUGCAGGCCGCCUAGCAGAAGCUUUGAGGCGCCUUUCACUAGUUUUGCCACGUAGCUGCCAUGGAAAUUGUCAUGCUUCCCCUCCUUAUGUUCGAGCAAGAAGCAUAUCGGAAGAAUUUAGCAGUGGUGAUGCCAAGUAUCGCGAUAACGACGAGCCUGUGCAAGGUCCGCAUGGCCGUGAUCCACGAUAUACUAAAGAUAAGGAAGAUAAAGAGAGAGGCGACGAAGAGAUGAUAAAGGUGUACGAUGGUAAUAACUCUUUGAGGCGUCGAAUAUUUCGAGUAAUCACGAUACCUAGACAAGCUACCACGGAACAGGUUUUAACAUCCGCACUUCGUGCAUUUCAUAUCACGAAAGAUUCUAGCAAUUUUUACUUAACCGACUUGUACGCCACCGAAGAAACUGAAUUGUGCGAUCCGACACCAGUUCUAAACUUGAAUCGUAAAGAAGGCAAACGUCCGGCAGUCUUCUUGCGAUUUAAGGAUAAUGAAAGCGGAGAAGUGCGAGUCUAUCCUGGAAAGUUACAAAUAUCGGAGUCGUUCUGCAUCGUACCCGUAGAGGAAACAACGACGGUAACAGAUUUAAUCCAGGAAUCCCUUCAAAGGUUUAAUUUAAAAAGUGCGAAUUCUGAAGAUUACAGAUGUAGAAAAAUUCUCCUGGAUCGCAACGUAUCCGGCCGUGUUUUAUCGCCAGAGGAAAAGCCGUGGGAUAUAGUUAAACAGCUCGGUAAAGAUUCCAUUAGACAAAUGGAAUUGAUGCGAUUUUAUUUACAAUUAAAACAAGAUCCCCACGGUCCCAAUCUGGCUCUAUUCGUGGGUAACUUGCCACCGAAUCUUUCAGAACGAAUUUAUGAAAAUAUGUUGACCGAGUUUUUAGGAAAAGAAAACAAAUUCUCAUCCAUUGGCCCAAUUUACUACGAAUACGGUUCGAUGGUAAUUAUAUACGAAGAUUCGAAUAAAGCGGUUAAAGCGUUGUACACUUUGCGCGAAUCGAAAUACGAAGACAAACAUCUUCUGGUUAUGUUAUUGCCAAGUAUCGAACCGAGUAUGGUACCAUCAGGUGUUCAACCCUUGCUUGUAUUUGUGAAUGUCAAAUCUGGUGGUUGCCAAGGGCUACAGUUAAUAUCUAGCUUUCGUAAACUUUUAAAUCCCUUUCAAGUGUUUGAUUUGGAUAAUGGCGGGCCACUUCCUGGGCUUUACGUUUUUCGUCACAUUAAGCACUACAGAAUCUUAGUCUGCGGCGGAGAUGGUACGAUAGGAUGGGUCUUGCAAUGUUUGGACAACGUCGGCCAAGACAGCGAAUGUUCUUCGCCCGCCUGCGCUAUCGUACCGUUAGGAACGGGAAAUGAUUUGGCGAGAGUAUUAUGCUGGGGAUCCGGUUAUACUGGCGACGAGGAUCCAUUGAAUUUAUUGCGAGAUGUUAUCGACGCCGAAGAAAUUAUAUUGGACAGAUGGACGGUUGUUUUUCAUCCAGAAGAAAAAGAUGACAAGUGCCAAAUGAGCACCAAUGCCGCAGUAGGCGCAAGCUCGACCAGCGAGGACAAUACCCAAAUAUUUGUGAUGAAUAAUUAUUUCGGUCUUGGGAUCGAUGCGGACUUGUGCUUAGACUUUCACAAUGCAAGAGAGGAGAAUCCUAACAAGUUCAAUAGCAGAAUACGAAAUAAGGGUGUAUACGUGAAAAUGGGUUUACGUAAGAUGGUCGGUCGUAAGCCGUGCAAAGACUUGCACAAUCAGAUUCGAUUGGAGGUGGACGGCAAACUGGUGGACUUGCCGCAAGUCGAAGGAAUAAUUAUUCUCAAUAUUUUAAGUUGGGGCUCUGGUGCGAAUCCUUGGGGACCAGAUAAGGAAGAUCAGUUUAAUAAACCAAAUCAUUGGGAUGGUAUGUUGGAAGUCGUAGGAGUUACAGGCGUCAUGCAUCUAGGACAAAUUCAGUCUGGUCUCCGUGGAGCAAUGAGGAUAGCGCAGGGUGGGCAUAUAAAAAUACGUUUGCAGUCUGAUAUACCAGUACAAGUAGAUGGCGAACCGUGGGUCCAGAGUCCGGGAGAAAUUGUAGUUCUAAAAUCUGCAUUAAAGGUAAUCUUGAAAGAAACUUUACCGAAACCCCAUAAUUCCAGCAAAAUGAAGGACAGAUUGGGUGUAACAUAACAUAGAAUGCUACCAUGUUGAAGAAAAAUAAGAUCAAGCGUCGGAAUACCGAACCGUCGAUCCUACCUGCUAAUGGGGAGGGGGGCAAGAGCACGGACGAGUAAACCAACCAUACUGCAGCUUGCCACUAGUCAGUCAUAAAUCGUUCUUUUAAGAGAGAGGUGUGCGAUCCUCGCCUAGACUCCUCGAUGUGCUAAAAAAAUAGCACAUGAGAACGGGGAGUUUCGGUGCGAUCUCACCCCCCCCGUAAAAACAAAUAGGCCUCCUAUGUAUGAAUUGUUCCGAUCGACUCCCGAAAGAAACGCAUGCGUUUACCUCGAUGUAUAUAUAUAUCACCACCGUGUCGAUACCCUUGGCCCAAUUGCAGCUGGAUGCUUCUCGUAAUAUAUAUAUAUAUAUAUGGAUUAGUCACGCAUCUCUUUUAUUAGAUAGACGUUCUUAGCUUUUAUGGAAUAAUGUUUCUUUUUCUUUCUCUUUCUCUUUCGUUUCUUUCGUUUUUUUCUUUCCUUCUUUCUUUCCUUCUUUCUUUCUUUCUUCGUUCAUUUAUCUGUCUUCUUUAACUUCUUAUUACUAUAUAUAUAUAUGUAUCAUUUUCGUAUCUUCUUUUUCUCCUGAGUUCUGACAUCUAUAUUUCUCACUUCGUCAUUACCAUUAACUUUCUAUCGAUUACUCCUUUGUGCGUUCCCCUGAUCCUGUCCCUUCCUAGGCAACGAUGCUGAAGAAGAGCAAGGGUAAAAUGAAGCGGCGUAAUACAGAAUCCAGCAUGCAGCUCGCACUACAGGCUGCGCCCUCGAACGAUCCGGAUUCUGAGAUCUUCUGAGUGAACAAAUCGUACUGUGCGAAGAUGGUCAAUGUCGUUGUCACGCAGGAGCACGUAGUCACGCACGAAAAUCAUUCGAUUAUACGAUGAUAACGUAUAACGUGCGUAAGCGGCCUCGAAAUCGUCACCGUAACGAUUGUGCUGUUACGAACAUAAAUAACUUCGAUAACUACAACGCAGUUACUUCAACAGGUGGAAGUAGAUAAGAUUUUCAAAUAAAAACUCAUGAUAAGAUUCAUUGAAAACAAAAAAAAAGAAAACAAACAAAAAAAAAACAAAAACAAAAAAAAAAACAAAAAAAAAGACAAAAAAAAGAAAGCUCAGUGAUAUCUUUAAUGUCCGUUCACAUGUUGCUAGGAUGAAACUAGAUCUCAUUAAUGAAUGUUAAUAAUCAUAGCACUGUAUGUAGCUUGUCAAUCAAUAUUUUUUUAGUCAAAUUAUAAUAGAAAGUAACACACGAUAAUGUUACCUCCACGAACUUUUAAAAGCAGUAUUGAAGAUCGUAAGAUAUUUGCUUCUAAUGUUCAAUUUAUGUUUAUAUAGCUUGUAGAUUGGACACACAAAUGUAAUGUAUAUUACUUUAGUAUGGUACUUUACCAAUCUGUGGCAGUAUGAAUCGAGUAUUGCGAUAUAAAACGCAAAAAAGGCAUAGAGAUAGUGAGAGUGAGAGUGAGAGAGCGAGAGCGAGAGCGAGAGCGAGAGAGAGAGAGAGAGAGAGAGAGAGAGAGAUCAGUUGUUAUUAAUAUGUUAUAUAUACAUAUACAUAUAUAUAUAUAUAUAUAUAUAUAUAUAUAAAAUAUUAAUAUAUUUACAUAAUAUCGUAUUAGUAUUACGAUCUAAGUUGUGAUAAUUACAAUCUGACCGCUGGGCAGUCUGGAAUUCACAAACCAGGUGCGGUUAGAAAUUUCCUAGAAAUAAUUCAUAAGAGAGUUAAUGUAACAACUUUCAAGUAGCGUCGCUCUAAGGCAAAGCACUUUGCCAAUUCGUCUUUGACUUGUGUAAAAGAGCAGCGCCAUGGGCUAUGAAUUGGACAAGUAAAUAAAAAAAAUAUGAAUAAAUAAGAAAAGUAACAAAAACAUUAAGGAGGUGGCUUAAUAACGUUCUAAAUUUGGCUCUGAUAAAUCCAAAUAUUCCAGUUUAUCGGAGCCAUCGGUGGAUCGAACAUUCCACUUUAUUGUAGUCAAAGCAGAAAAAAAGAAAGAGCGAGCGAGCGAGAGAGAGAGAGAGAGAGAGAGAGAGAGAGAGAGAGAGAGAGAGAAAGGGAGAAUACGUGUUGUACAUUUUAGAAAAGCCAGUGUAUAAGAAAAAUUAUAUAACGAUGAACAAAGUUGAAUGAUAAUAACGACGAAAUGGCCCUCUUCUCACGUGGCAUAAAAAGCACGCCUUUUAAACAUCGAGUAGCAAUGCCCGAUGAACGACGAUGGACUCUAUUCAAUGGCAUUGUUGAUUAUGUAAAGAGAAAAGAAUGGGAGAAAGUGUGUGUGUAUGUGUGUAUGUGUGUGUGUGCGCGCGCGCGCGUGCGUGCGUGCCUGUGCGAACGAGAAUGGGUUUUGGGAGUGACAAAAAUGCGGUGCCAAACAGUUGUAAAUAAUAUUAUAUAUGUAGGAGAUAAAAUGGAACUAGUCGUGGUGGCAUCUAAUGCAGCGCAAGAAAUGGAUGCAGUGCGACGUGUGUUGCUGAUAUUAAUCCUAAAGAAGAGAAAUGUAAUCUGCGACGCGAUGCUUGAACGAAGGAAAAACAAGUGAGAGAGUGUGUGUGAGAGAGAGAGAGAGUCGGCUUCUUUGACAAUUUAUUGUUAGGCAAAACGAUCAAAGAAGAGCGUGCGUAACGUAUCGUUCAUCUUGCGCUUAUAGGUCGCGCUCUACGUAAUCGAUCGGUCGAUUUUCAAAGAAAAACCUUUAGCACCGUCUCGUUUUCGAUAAAAAUCUUUGGAAUACGUUGCAUCUCAUCGAAAGGACUUUUUCCAAAUUUUGCGUUUUAUUAAGCGAACCUGCUAAACUUCACCAAGGAGACUGUCAUUCCCGGAUAAUUGACGAGUCUCCUUUCUUGAUCUCGAUCUACCAAUGAUGAUUAUGGGGCUCAUUAUUUCACGCUAAUAUCCGGUAUUACGGCGUGAAUGAUACAUCUGCGGUAGACCGAAAAUUAUAUUUAUUCCUGUGACCAAAUUAUAUAGUAUAUUUGCUGUUGCUACGAAGUAUAGAAAAGAAGAAAAAAAAAAAAAGAAAAAGCUAAAAAAAAGAAGAAAAA